AUGGCCUCCAAAAAGCCCAACCUCGUAAUCUUCAUGCCCGACCAACUCCGCUACGACAGUCUUUCCUGCACCUCGAAUCCCCAAACCACCUUCCUCAAAACCCCCAACAUCGCCUCCUUCGCAGCGCGAGGCACCCUAUUCACAAACUGCUUCACCCAAGCCUCCGUCUGCUCGCAAUCCCGGUGCAGCAUGUUCACCGGAACCUACCCGCACGUCAGCGGCCACCGCAGUCUCGAAAAUCUCAUCAAACCCUGGGAGCCCAAUCUCUUCCGCAGCCUCAAGGAAAACGGCUACCACGUCGCCUGUCUCGCGCCCCGUGGAGACACCUUCGCGCCCACCGUGACCGAGCUCUCCGUAGACGAGUACGGGUUCCUCGAGACCCCGGACUUCGUACCCCGGUUCUCUGGCGAUCGGUCCAGUAACCUCAAGGACGAGAGUAUCUGGGGCCGACUGUUCUAUAAGGGGUUGAGGAACGCAGCUGAGGCAAGCGAUUACGAUGAUGCCGUUGUGCGGUCUGCGUUGCGGUGGCUCGAGUGUCCACCACAGGAUAAGCCCUGGGUGCUCUUCAUGCCGCUGAUUUUCCCGCAUUGCCCGUUCCAGGUCGAGGAGCCUUACUUCUCGCUCUAUGACCGGGACAUCAUCCGGAGCCUGGGGCUGCGCCGGGGGAGAAAACAGGGGCUGUGGGAUGAGACGAUUACAAUGUUUUUCACCGAUCAUGGUGAGUAUCUGGGGGACCAUGGGUUGAUCGAGAAGUGGCCGUCUGGGUUAUCGGACUCGCUCGUGCAUGAGCCGUUGAUUAUUGCCGGUGGUGGACUGCCCCAGGGCCAGGUUUAUACUGGGAUGGCUGAGAUGGUGGAUCUCGUGCCCACCGUUCUUGAGCUUUGUGGUAUCCCCGAGCAGUUCCCGCAUAACGGGCGCUCGUUGGUUCCUGUUCUGCGGGAUCCGAGCCUGCCUCAUAAGCAGUAUGCGUUUAGUGAGGGUGGGUUCUUGACCGCUGAGGAGCCGUUGCUUGAACAGGCGCCUUAUCCGUAUGAUAUCAAGGCUGCGUUGCAGCAUGAGGAUACGACGCUCGUGGGCAAGGCGGUUAGUAUUCGUUCGUUGGAGUGGACGUUUGUUUAUCGGUUGUAUGAGCCUGCCGAGCUGUAUCAUCGACAGCGUGAUCCGGAGGAAAUGCAUAAUCUGGCUGCGGAGCCCAAGUAUGUGCCUGUGGCUAGGAUGUUGGAGGCGGAGGUACUGAGAUGGUUGGUCGAGUCGUCGGAUUUUCUGCCGUGGACGAAGGAUGCAAGGUUUCCUGAGGUGAAGCUUAAGUCCCCGAGAGAGCAGCUGGAGGAGCGGUUGCGAACGAAAGAUUCUGGAGAGAGCAUUUAG